AUGGCAGAUCUGAAAGAUAAUGAAUGCAGAACAAAAUUCCGCCAACCUGUGUCUAUUCAUGUUGGAGCACGCCUUUGCAUCUGCGGAAACAAAACCCACGUACAAUUCUUUAUCGCGCGCGCAACGCUGGUGACUUCAACCACGAAAAGCGUCCUAGAAGGAAGCUGCGUCGACAACUGCAACAAGACCGAGUGGACGUCAAGAGCGAUGGAGUUUGAGAAGGCGUGGGAAGACAGGAACCCGCGGAAAGCCUAUGCUCCACUAAAACAGUACAGUGGCAAAAUGAAAAUAUGUUCUCCUGUCCUCAACACUGCCAAUGGAGGAGCUGUCGGUGAAGCAACCCUUCCAAUUUGGAAGGAACACUUCAAGACCUUGCUGAACCGGCUAGCACCGUCAGCUCCUGAACCCGAGCACGUUCAUAGACCGAUAUACGCGGUUAACGAGGAGCCACCGACCAUGUCGGAAGUUCUAUUCUGUAUUCAAAAAAUGAAGAACGGAAAAUGUGGUGGAGACGACGGGAUCAGCGCGGAAAUGCUGAAAUAUCUUCCUCCGUCUGGGAUUCGUGAGAUGACAAAGAUCAUCCGUUCAAUAUGGAUAGACGAAAGGAUACCUGACUUGUGGAAACACGCUAUUAUAAUUCCCCUCCACAAGAAGUUAUCCGUCAAGGACCCUAGGAAUUAUCGAGGAAUCUUCGCUGCGUGUUAUGUACAAGACGUUGGAGCGCAUUAUCUUGGACCGACUCAUAAAAACAUCGCGAAGAAACGACGCGCUACGAACAAGCUGGCUUUUGUUCUGGCCGAUCUACGACUGACCAGGUGUCAUUCAUCACGAGAGUGA